CUUCCGAGAUCAAAGGUGACAGCUUCCGGCAACUGAUGCCUCCGCUGGCCACUCCUCUCUCCGUCCACCUGUCACUUCGGGUAGCUGGGAGGCCAGUUAAAAAAAUGGAACCUUUUUCCUGUGACACUUUCGUGGCAUUACCUCCAGCAACAGUCGAUAACAGGAUUAUUUUUGGAAAAAAUUCAGAUAGACUCUGUGAUGAAGUACAAGAGGUGGUUUAUUUUCCUCCUGCAGUUCAUGAUAACCUGGGAGAACGUCUUAAGUGUACAUAUAUAGAAAUUGAUCAAGUUUCUGAAACAUAUGCUGUUGUCCUGAGUCGCCCAGCGUGGUUGUGGGGGGCAGAAAUGGGAGCCAAUGAGCAUGGAGUUUGCAUUGGGAAUGAAGCUGUAUGGGGAAGAGAAGAAGUUUGUGAUGAAGAAGCACUAUUAGGAAUGGACCUUGUCAGACUUGGCCUUGAAAGAGCUGAUACAGCUGAAAAAGCCCUCAAUGUCAUUGUUGACUUACUAGAAAAAUAUGGCCAGGGUGGAAAUUGCACAGAGGGUAGGAUGAUAUUUAGCUAUCACAACAGUUUCCUGAUAGCUGAUAGGAAUGAAGCCUGGAUUCUGGAGACUGCAGGGAAGUACUGGGCAGCAGAAAAAGUACAAGAGGGAGUUCGUAAUAUUUCUAAUCAACUUUCCAUAACAACCAAGAUUGACCGGGAACACCCAGACAUGAGAAACUAUGCUAAGCGGAAAGGUUGGUGGGAUGGUAAAAAGGAGUUUGAUUUUGCUGCAGCAUAUUCCUAUCUUGACACAGCCAAGAUGAUGACUUCAUCAGGCAGAUACUGUGAGGGCUACAAGCUUCUAAAUAAGCACAAAGGAAAUAUAACUUUUGAAACAAUGAUGGAAAUUCUUCGAGAUAAACCGAGUGGCAUUAAUAUGGAGGGAGAAUUCCUGACCACUGCAAGCAUGGUUUCUAUUUUACCUCAAGACUCCAGCCUUCCUUGCAUUCACUUCUUUACAGGGACUCCUGAUCCCGAGAGAUCUGUUUUUAAGCCUUUCAUAUUUAUGCCACAUAUUUCACAACUAUUGGAUACCAGUUCACCAACAUUUGAACUUGAAGAUCUAGUUAAAAAGAAAUCACAUUUUAAGCCUGACAGAAGACACCCACUCUACCAAAAACAUGAACAGGCAUUGGAAGUAGUAAAUAAUAAUGAGGAAAAAGCCAAAAUAAUGUUGGACAACAUGAGGAAACUGGAGAAAGGACUAUUCAGAGAGAUGGAAUCAAUCCUUCAAAACAAGCAUCUUGAUGUGGAGAAAAUUGUUAAUCUCUUUCCUCAGUGUACAAAAGAUGAAAUUCAAAUUUAUCAGUCAAAUUUAUCAGUCAAAGUUAGUUCUUAGUGAUCAUAUGGUCAGCUAGUAUUAGUUCUUAGUGAUCAGUGGUCAGUAAUCUUCAAAGUCAGAAUCUAUCACCUUGGUAAAUUAUAUAAACCUAAUUUGAGCAGGUCUGAUUAUUCUUGGAUAGUAUUCAAGUGGUAUCUUGACUAUUAAACUACAUAUAGUGUUGCUGAAAUAGAAAACAGCAUUGGAAUUGGAUUCAUGUAUCGUGGGAUAUAGGUGUUAUUUCAGUUGAUGUACUUGCAUUAUUUUCUUUAGCCAUAGUAACUUUUUGUCACAAUAACUAAGUAUUCAAUUAUAUAUAAAGAAUGAAACAUUAAAAUGAUGCAUGGAUUUAUAUUUAUUAUAAUUAUGUAGUACCCUCAAAUCAUUUUGUCAGUUACAUCAAGAAAGCAGAUUUUUCUUUAGUCAUGAAAAAUAUCUCAAAUGGUAAGUUGUUUGUGCUUUAGGCAAAUAUUAACCAGCUCUAACAAGAAAAAUGUCUAGAUUUACACAUUGUCAAUACAGUAUAUUAGUUCUGCAAAUGCACUUUUGUUAAACUCAAACAUGCUCUUUGUCAAGACUUGGCUAAACAGUGAGCUUGUAGCUCUGAUUAUCUAGCAUUUUUAGGGUCAUUCUCCUUAAUAAGCUUUUACAUUAAUAAGAUAUAUUUUUAGAAGAGCUUGUUUGGGAGAUUAGAGAAUAAGAUAAAGGAACCAAAACCUUAGGAUAUACUGUUUCUGGGUCUGAAAUCUCUCUCAUUGUUUACUUCUGUUCACUCAGUGAAAACAGAAACAAGAAUAAGGUAGUGGCAAUGAAAUAGAAUUGUUAGUAUAUUAUGAACAUUAUAACAUUUUGAACACUAUAAUGCAUUAUAUAUUAUGAACUUUAUACAUGAGAAAUAUCUUCCUAAAGUUUAUAAAACAUUGUUUAGGUUACAUAAAGAUUACCAAGUAAGACUCAAAAUUGCAAAUAUAAACAAAAGAAAAAUCCAACUGAAAAUAUCACUAAGUAUUUCUGAGUUUCUAGAAUGUCCAUUUUGGUAUUUGGUUACAUUAUCAUAUUUACUAGUCACUAUCAGCACAAUUAAGUUAAUAAAGAAGUGGGUCAUUAUAUUCAAAGAGUGCUCAGGAAGUUAUGUGUUCAAAGUUCUCUCAUAAAUACCAUGGUCUGCCUGAUACUGCUCUUGUCUAAUAUAGGGUUGACAUUACAAAAGAAAAGAUGUCUGACUCAAGAACUCAGUUGAUUCUGUUUGCCUUAAGUUUGGUUCAGUGAUAGGCUGUCUUCUAACCCCUAUACUCCUCUUCUCUCCUUUAAUAGAUGAGGAAACUAAGGGCAAACAGUUCGUUACACUUACGGGAAUCUUAUUUCCCUCUCUAGGGGCAGCAUAUUUUCACCUUCUCCUUUGCUGCCAUCUUGGCCUAAACUAGCACCAUCUUUUAGCUAGACCAUUGCAUUAACUGUUCUCCUACACCCAUUUUUGUUCUUUAUUUCCACCCACAUGAGUCACUGCAGCCAAUCUAUCACAAAUUUAAAUCUGAUUAUGAAUUCCCCUCCUAAAACUCUUUUUUAAAAGAGACUUUAUUUUUUGGAGCAGUUUUAGGUUCACAGCAAAAUUGAACAGAAAGUAGAGUUUCAAUAUAGCCCCUAUCAGCACACAUGCAUAGCCUCCCCCACUAUCAACAUCCCAGCACCAGAAUGGUACAUUUGUUACAAUCAAUGGCCCUACAUUGACACAUUAUCACCCAAAGUCCAUGGUUCAAGUUAGAGAUCACUCUUGAUGUAGUACGUCCUAUGGGCUUUGAUAAUUAUAAAAUGACAUGUAUCCACCAUUAUAGUAUUAUACAGAGUAGUUUCACUGCCCUAAAAAUCUUCUGUGUUCUGCCUAUUUAUCCUACCCUCCCUCCAACCCCUGGCAACCACUGAUCUUUUUACUGUCUCCAUAGUUUUGCCUUUUCCAUGUGUCAUAUCAUUGGAAUCAUACAGUAUGUGACCUCUUAAGAUUGUCUUCUUUAACUUACUUAGUAAUAUCCAUUUAAGGUUCCUGCAUGUCUUUUCAUGACUUGAUAGCUCAUUUCUUUUAGUGCUAAAUAAUAUUCCAUUGUCUGAAUAUACUACUACUGAAGGACAUCUUGGUUGCUUCCAAGUUUUGAAAAUUAUGAAUAAACCUGCUGUAGACAUCCAUGUGGACAUGUUUUCAACUAAUUUUUUGUAAAUACUAAGGAGCACAAUUGCUGGAUCAUGUGGUAAGAGUAUGUUUAGUUUCCCAAGAAACUGCCAAACUGUCUUCUACAGUGGCUACCAUUUUGCAUCCCUAUCAGCAAUGAAUAAGAGCUUCUGUUGCCCUAUAUUCUUGUCAGCAUUUAUUGUUGUCAGCAUUUUGGAUUUUGGCCAUUCUAAUAGGUGUGUAAUGGUAUCUUGUUUUAAUUUACAAUUCCCUGAUGAUAUGUGGCAUUGGACAUUUUCACAUGCUUUUAUCUGUUUAUCUUCUUUGGUGAGUUGUCUGUUCAGAUCUUUUGCCCAUUGUUUACUUAGGUUGUUAAUUUUCUUAUUUUUGAGUCUAAAACUUUUUUUUUUUUUUUUUUUGAGACAAAAUCUCAUUCUUGUACCCCAGGCUGGAGUGCAAUGUCGCAUUUUCAGCUCACUGCAACCUCCGCCUCCUGGGUUCAAGCGAUUCUCCUGCCUCAGCCACCCGAGUAGCUGGGAUUAGAGGCGCCUGCCACCACGCCUGGCUAAUUUUUGUAUUUUUUAGUAGACCAGGUUGGCCAGGCUGAUCUAGAACUCCUGACCCCAGGUGAUCCACCUGCCUUGCCCUCCCAAUGUGCUGGGAUUAUAGGCGUGAGCCACUGUGCCUGGCUUAAACCUCUUUAACUACCAAAGGGAUCCCACUGAUCUGCCUCAUUUAUAUCUUAUUACACCUUCAACCAUUGUUUUUUAGGUUUCUACUAUGCUGCUCUUUCAUGUCCUUGAAUGUGCCUUUCUCAUGGCCGUAUUUGUCUGCUUGCACUAUUCAUUCCAUGUGCUCCCUUUUAUAUAAGUAAUACUUGACAUCCUUUAGAGUUUUGCUAAAACAUGACUUCCUCAGGGGAGUUUUCCUCACACCAGAAGGUCUCUCUUACAUACUCUUGGAGGCACAGGUGAUCCUGGUCACAGGUCAAUCAUGUUUAACAUCUGUUUUUCACAGAAUAGAAGCUCCAUGAGGAUAGGAAUCAUAUUUAUUCCCACUGUUGUGUGCUCAGUGUUCAGAUUGUGUCUGGCACAUGCUAGAUGCUCGAUACAUAUUUGUUAAAUGAACAUUCAAGUACUGAUGGGAAGAAUUUACACAGCCCUAUUCUCUGUCUGUAGAAAUGUAAAGUUGAAGAAACUAGCUAGACAAUCUAUCUGCACAACUUGGUAUCCUUUGAUAAGUCUCAGGUCAACCUGUCACCUCUUAGAUACUGGUAUUAUUUACCAUUACUUAAUAAGCCAAGGGAAUAAUAUAAGUAUUCUAGACAAGGCUAUUUUGUUUGAUCUUUGAUGAAAACAUCAGUUUAUAUAUGUUAAUCAUGAAUCAAAAGUUUUGCUUUAGAAAUAACUAUGUAGCCUAGAAUUUUGGAGAGUUAGUUUCUUCUUGUAAAAUUUGCCCAAAACAGGUCUACAGAGCUAAUGUUUUCUUUUUCAUUAAUUAAUUCAACCUUUUAUCAUACCAAUUGCAGAAAUUUAUAAUCUCAUCUUUUCUUGAAGAAUGGUGAUAACAUUUAUGAUCCUGAACUUUUUUCCAGCCAUCACUCAUGACAGGACUAUCUAUGUCCAGUGGCCUAAAGUAGUUUAAUAUUUUACAUGAUGAGAUAUGAAGGGGCAAACACUAAGAGCUGCAUUCUGCUGCAUAACAAACAUAUAAAACACUAGUUUCACAUUUUUCUUGCUUUAGAAAUUUACUGACCAUUAAUUGUUGUUCUCAAAAUGCCAAAUACACUUUGUCUUAGUCUAAAAAUAUUGAAAGCUAAGCACAAGCUAGGCAUGGAGUUACUUAUAGAGAGUUAAGAAAACAAUUGACUAUGCUGAAGAAAAAGAAAUAGGUUUUAAUCAAAAUUUUAUCUUUUUUCUAGCUGUCACUCUACAUAUUGGAAAUGAUGACAUGUAUGAAAAGGACUCAAUGUCAUAUUGACUCAUUCAUAAAAGUGUUUAUAGAAUGCGUAAUUGGGAAACCCUGUUUGCAGAGCCCAGAGUCAUGAAGAACAGAACUCAGGAAACCCAUUUAAGAAAACAUUGAGAACGUAUAGAAAAGACCUCUAUGAUGGCUUCUGCAUGAUUCAGAUUACUUAAAGAAAAGAUGUCAGUAAUGCAAGUUAAAAUAGGUAUUUUAUUGAGAAACUUGCUUUGUCAGUGAGAAAGUAACAGUUACAAAUAUUUUCAUUUAAUAAAACUAGCAUAUUUUUAAUUCUAAAAA